GCGAGGCGAGCGGGGAGAGCGGGGCCGGCGACGGGCGUGCUUGCUGCCGAAUACGGUUGUUGGCCCGCUAGAGGCCAGGAUCGGGUCGGCGUACGUUGUAUGCCUCGAGAUGGACGUCGGAGGCCCGAUCGAGCUGCGGGCGUCGUCGGCGGCCUCGUAUCCGGUCUCAUUCCGCAUCGAAGUGGUCCCCGAGCCAGCGAGUCGGGCUCCGGCUCGGACGCUACUCAACACUCACAUCGCCCACACAGUCCUGCCGGCUGGGCGGCAUUGGAUCGCGCUCACGCCCGAAUCGUACGGCGUGCCGCUGGCCGCAGCUGACGCUGUAGGUCUCGUGGACCAGAGUGUCGAGUUCUACUUUGUGGCCGAUACACGGGUGCUGGGCGCGAUCCCACACACCGCGCUCCCGCUCAUUGCUGUGUUUGCCCUUGUCGCCGUCGCCGGUAUGUGCUACGGCCCGCAGCUGGUGUCUGCGCUUGCUGCCAGCGCCGCUGCGCCUGUGAUGGGCGGCCAUGACGUCCCGCUCCUACUCCUCUUUGCCAACAUCGUCCUCGUCCUCUCCUUGUCCGCCAUCGCUUCGGGCCAUGCUCGGCAGGCGCUGGUUGCGGCUGUGGAGGCAGCGAACAAGGCGACGGGGGAGGCGCUGGCACGGAUGGACGAGACGGCGACGCUGCGCGAGGUGAUGGCGGCGGCCGAGGCGGUGGCGGCAGUGUUUGUGGUUGCAGUCGACGAAGUCCGGGCCGCUGGCGAGGCGGCCCGGACGGCGAUGCGGGAAGCGGCGGCCGGGGCGGCCGGAACGGGGGGCGAGAGCAGCGGGAUGGCGCUCGAUCCCGGCCUGCAUGUCUUCUGCGUAGAGAACAUGGCGCUGGAGCGUGUGGCGCCGGCGCAGCACGGGGUCUUUUGCGAGGGCGACUCGUACGUGGUGGUCAGCGUGGCCGAGUCUGGUGGGGCGCGGGUGUACUUUUGGGUCGGCGCCAUAUCGACGCCGGCCGAGAUCUCGUGCGCGUCGUUCUCGGCGUUGGCGUUCUCGCGGCAGCUGCAGUGUCCGGCGCUGCGCGAAGAGCAGGACUCCGAGUCGCCUGCCUUUCGCGCGCUGUUCUGGCAGGGCAUCACGUUGGUCGAGGGCGACGGGGCGACGUCGUCGCUGCGGGCGCUGCCGCCGCCGCGGGCCACGCGGCUGUACCGUAUCGUGGCCUCCGGCCGGGCCAGCAGGCUGGUGCGGCUGCCAGCUGUGAUGAACUCUGUCGCACACGGUGUCAUCACGCUAGUUGACGCCGGCUCGGCCGUGUACCAGCUUGACGGCCGCGACGCAUCGAUGGUUGUCCGCGCGGCUGCGCUGGACUUUACCUCGAGUCUCAAGCAAAGCGAGAGGACUGGAGUCGCGCUGCACUUUGCGUCGGCAGACACGCCGGCCGAGUGCCUGGGCGUGCUUCAGGCGAUUGGUGCCGAGCUGGGCGCGCCCGCGGCGGCGUUUGCGAGUGCCGAGGCGGCAGCCGUAACGCUCGACGAUUUGCCGGUAGUGAGUGCUGAGGCAAGCGCUGCCGCGUACGAGUCUGCCAACCCAACGUUGUACGCCAUCUCGCCGCACCUUCAGCUUGAGCAGCUGGAACCGCCGUACGCGCGGAGCAGUCUUGAUGGGAUGCGGGCGUAUGUGUUGAACACGGCCACUGAUGUGUUUGUGUGGAUCGGGGCCGAGGUGCCUGCCGAGCUGCGACGGCGAGCGAUGGAUGCGGUGCCGAGUGCCGCAGUCUGGCCGCCGGUCCGAGUUGUGCAGGGCGCCGAAACGUAUUUGUUCCGGGCCGGGUUUGACGCGUGGCCUGCGAGGGGCGGGCGGCGCGAGGGGCGCGGGUCGCGGCGGGUGGCGAAUCCGUCGGCGCCUGCACAGAGCAGGCUCGAUGUGAGAGCCAUUCUCGCCGGCGACUGCCUCACCGAUCGGCUGCCGCCUGUAUACGGCGUGGUCGACGACACGUCCCGGUCAGGGGCGGUGUCGGUCAUGGUGUUCGAGGGCGAAGAUCUGGUGUAUUCGCUGCCCGAGUCGCACCACGGCCACUUUUACGACACCUCGGGCUUUGCGGUCAUCUACACGUACGAGACGAGUAACUCGUUUGGUGGCAGUGACCAGAAGUUUGUUAUCUACUUUUGGCGCGGGGCGCGAGCAUCAGCCAAGCUCGACAUGGCGUACGAGAUGUCGCUCAAGGCGGCGCUGGCGGCCAAGUUUGCCGACGCCGGCACUGCGCCACGGUUUUUGCGGCUGGAGCAGGGCCGCGAGUCGGCUCACUUUCUCUCGCUCUUUGGCGACCGGAUGGUAGUGCAUGCCGGACGGGCGCAAGACCACGUCCUGAUUCCACCAGAGAACAUUGUAGCGGUGACGGCGGACUCGGUGAUUGUCGACGAGGCGCUUCUCGGCUCGGGCGAGGCGUACAACGCUGGCAGACUUGUCCCGCGGCCUGCGGUGACCAUGUACGAGCUCGCGCCGAUGGGGGAGUCGGACGAGGCGAUGACAGCGCUGGAGGUGCCGGCGACCGCGUCGUCGCUCAACUCGUCCCGGGCGUUCCUUGUUCGCACACCGCACGCCAACUAUCUCUGGCUUGGGAUCGGAGUCUCGGACGCCGAGUACAUGCCGGCGUGGGAGCUUGCGAUGGACAUCGAGGCCGAGUGCCUCGAUGCGCCGUCGCUGACCGCGGCCAAGGAAGCCAUGGCCAAGUCGACAUCGCAUGCCCAGCUCGAUGCGUCGGUCGAUAGCUCGACGAGCGACUCGUGUGCCUCGCUCUACGACAGUGAUGGAAGCGGGGAUGUGAACGAGAAUGGGAGCGACGAGCGUCGCCCAGAGUCGCCGUCGGGGCGGCCGCGGCUAGGUGCGCUUCGCAAGAGCAACCUCUCGGCGCGUGAGCUUUUUUCACCGCGCGCACGAACAGGGCCAAACGGUGAGAUCAUGCUGGAGGCGUCGUCACUGCUAACGAACUCGGUGGCGUCGCUUGCCUCGGUGGCGUCACGCGUGUCGUCGACUGGCCACAGUGAGGCCGGGGCCAGCGAGGCCGAGGCCGAGGCCGAGGAAUCGUCGGCCGAGGCAUCGUCGGCCACACCAAGCAGCUUGAGCAAGUCGCUCUCAAUUGUCGAGGAAGGCGACGAGCCGGAUGCGCUGUGGCGGGCGCUGGGCGGGCAGCAGCAGUACGCCCGUGAGGGCUCGCUGGCGGAUCCGCGGGCGUCGCCUCGGCUGUUUGUCGGCACUUGGGCGCGUGGAGCGUUUGCUGUGGCCGAGCGGUGCCCGGUCCUCGUCCCGAGUGAUCUCGAUGAUGCCAAAGUGGGCAUCCUGGUCGAUGGCAGCCUGGUCUUUGCGUGGACGGCAGACCGCUCUGUGCCGCGCGAGCUGGUCGACGCCAGCCACGCGCUCGCACACGAAAUCGCGCACGAGCUCGGUGGCGAGGUCCGCGACGUCGCAGGUGGUCUUGAGCCAGCGCAGUUUGCGGCGCACUUUUUCGGCUGGCAUUGUCGGCAGAGCGAGGUGCCGGCGUUUGUGGAUCCGCGACUGACGCGGGUCAAGGCUAUGCGUGCCGCCGAGGCCGCGGCGCGGCGUGCGUUCCGCGAUCACGUCAAGGCUGGCAAGUGCGUCAGCGUCUUUCCUGGCAGCAAUGGCUUGGCCGGCGUCCGGGUCUCUUUCUUCUCGUGUGUCAACUGCAACGUCGGCAGCGUCUGCAUCAACUGCGCUCGUGGCUGCCAUCAUGGGCACCACCUCUCCGCAGGGCGGCCAACGAUCCUUGCGGGCUCCCCGGAAUGUGGCUGUGGAUGUUGA